CACGACAGUUAAUUAUUGAUAUUUGCUUUUUUGUGAGACUUUUAUCCGAAUAUUUCUGAAAUUUGUGUGAAAGUUAGAAGAAAAGGUUUUUGUGAAUAUCCAAAAUGGAAAGAAGAAGUACAAGAUUAAAUAACACAGCAAAUCAGAAUACUGAAACAUUUCCUGAAAAUCAGGCUGAACAAUAUAUCAGGUUGAAGAAAGACAAAGACGGUUUUGUUGUAAGAUAUAUAGAUGAUACAAUUGGAAAAGGGGUGUUUGCUGAAAGAUCUUUUAGCAAAGGUGAAUUUCUUUUGGAAUAUGAUGGGGAUCUUGUUUCGAACAAAGAGGGAACUAGGAGAUUGGAGGAACACAGCAAUACCUUUGGCUGCUAUGUGUUUUUUUUCAAGUAUGGAGGCAAAAGUUUAAGCAUAGAUGCUACUUUUUCUAAACAAAUGGGAAGGUUUGUUAAUGAUGGAGUUGGAGCAGAUGAGAAUGCUUUAAUGAAAAGAAUUGUUGUGGAUGGGAGCCCACAUUUAGUUUUAUUUGCCAGAAGGGAUAUAUAUAUAGGAGAUGAAAUCAGAUAUGACUAUGGUGAUGUUAGUCGAAACCUCCCAUGGAGAAAGAGACCACUAACAGAUGAAAAAAAAAAUACGAUAUUGAAAGAAUGUUGUGUUUCAAUAAGAAGACUGGAGAUUAAAGAUGAUAGUCAUAAAGUGGCAUGCAAUAGAGAGGCAUAUACUGACAGUGAUAGUGAUAUUGAGAACUUGACAAGGAAACAAAGAGUUUUGAAACUACCAUCUGAUGAUGAAGAUGAGGAGAAACAAGAAUUAGACCUAAGUAAUGAGGUUAAACAAGUAUUGAAUCAACCAUCAGAAGAUGAGGAAGUUGGUAGUAAUAUUGGGGUUAGAGAAGUUUUGAUACAACCAUUAGAAGAUGAGGAAGAGGGCAGUAAUAUUGAGGUUGAAGAAGAAAAAUCUGAAGGGGAAACUGAAAAGCUAUUUGUAUGUGCCCUAUGUGAUAAAAAACUAAGAAGUAGAGAAUCAUUUCUGAGCCAUAUGGGCGUGCAUUUCACUGAUAAUGUAAAGAGAAUGCUAUCCAAAUCAAAUGAUACUACAGAACACAUACCUGCUCAAAUUGAAAUGAAUAGUCAAGGGAAAGCCAGUUGCAGUGAAGGACCAAAAAAGGACAGAGGCCCACCACUUAAAUCCUCUAUGGUUGGUUUAGAUGCAGGAGAUGCCAGUCAAAAUGAAAGUUACAGUAAAGAUGGAGAUAAUAUUGAAAGAAUAUCACCUGCAUUCAAUGAUACUUCAAUACGCAUACCUGCACAAAAUAAGAUGAAUUGUCAGGAGACAGCCAGUUUCAGUGAAGGACCAAAGAAAGCUAGAGGCAGACCAGUGAAAUCAUCUACUGGAGAAAAAAGCAAAUCAACAAGGUCAAAACCUUACAGACCCUGCCCUUUCUGUGGUCUCCUUAUGGCUAGAUUGUCCAAUCACGUCCUUCGCAAACACAAAGAUAUUCCUGAGGUCAAAGUUUUAAAAAGGCUGCCCCAUCAAGAUCAAGUAAAGCAAAUGGCUAACCUGAGGAAAGAAGGUAUUUGGAAAGCUAAUUUAGACCAGGUGAAAAAAAUGGAGGAUGAAGGAUCUCAAGCAGAAGUAAAAUAUUUUAAAGAGAGGGAGCAUGGAGCAGGUCAACUUGUUUACUGUUCUUUAUGUAAAGGUUUUUUAACAAAGUCUUACUAUAAGAGACACAGAUCCACAUGCACUGCAGUUGAAUCUACAACAACUACAGCGAAAGCCUUAGAUCCAGUGCAUAUUGCAUCUCCAAAGUUUACUUCUUCAUUUAACUUUGAUGUUCUAGCAAAAUUCCAUAAUUCUGAGGUAGGAAAUUUAUGUAGAACAGACAAUCUUAUAACAUCAUUUGGGCUGCAGAUGUAUAGAAAUGUGGAGGCUAAGAAAAGUAAAAAAGAAGAAAAAAGAAAAUCAGUUAUGUCAGAUAUGAGGAGAGUGGCCCAUUUAUUGUUAGAAUUUAGAAAACAAUGUGAGAUAAAUGGUGAUGCUGAGGCUAAAUCAGCUGUAAACAUGUUUGACAGAGGCAAUUUUCAUUCGUUGGAGUCAUCCAUUUUAGCCCUAACAAUAAAUGAAGAAACUGGGCACACAAAAGCAGGGCUAAAAAUCGGAUAUGGCUAUCUCAUAAAGAGAGUUAUCAAAUAUCUCACUGGAGAAUUUCUCAUCCAAAAAAAAGAUGCUGAAGUUGAUGAGAUUAAGCGCUUCGGAGAUCUAUUGGAAUUUUGCUGGCCAGGUAUAUUUGGGGAUGCAGAAUAUAAAAUAACUGUACUAAGACAGAAAGAAUUGAGGAUGCCAUCUCGCCUUCCAGAUGAGGAUGAUGUUAAGAUGUUGAAAGAAUGGCUGGAAAAUAAAAUCAAAGACAUUAAAACCAAAUUCCAAUUUAUAACUUCUAAUGAAUAUGCUGAGAUUAGAGAUUUACUUGUAUGCAGAUUAACACUAUUUAAUGCUCGAAGAGGAGGCGAACCUGCUAGGCUUUUACUAUCAGAAUGGGAUGAUGCAGAAAAUGGAGUCUGGUUUUCGCAAGAUUCAGUGGAAAAGGUGGAGGACCCCAUUGAGCAAAAAUUAUUAUGUGAAUUAAAGAUUGCAUACCAAGCAGGAAAAAGAAAGCUUGUGUCACUGUUAAUACCCCAGGAUUGUUGGGAUGCCAUUAGAAUCCUUGCAGAUGAAAAAGUUCGAGAUGAUGCCGGCAUUGGGAAAGGAAAUAAAUUUUUAUUUCCCACAACUGCUGGUAAAGAUGAACAUGUAAUUGGAUGGAGUUGUGUAAAAAAAUGUUGCAAAAAAGCCAGACUUAGCAAGGACAUCACUGCUACUGAUAUGCGACACAGGGCUGCAACUUUAUAUGCUGCAAUGGACAUCCCAGAAAAAGAGCGCCGAUUAUUUUAUUUACACAUGGGGCACAGUGCAGACAUGAAUAGAGAUGUAUACCAGUGCCCUGAAUCUGUGAGGAUAACAACAUCUGUUGGGAAAGCUCUUCAAUGUUUAGACAGGGGAAACAUGAAAGCUUCCUCAUCAAAAGUUGCAGAGACUGGUCCAAAAAAUCCAGAAAUUACCUUCUCUCUUAAAGACUUUUUGAAUGAACUGGUGGAUGAUAAUGUUGCAGUAAGGGCAAUAUCAGGAAAAGGAUUGAUAGAGGAAGAUGAAGUAGAACAAAGACCAGAAAAAAUAAGAGCUGCAAGCUGCAUGAAAGAUCUGAUGCUACAAGAUGCAGCAAAAGAAUACUUCACAGAUGAUGCUUGGCUGGCAGCUGAAUCAGUUUUUGAUUUACUUCCAGACUGUAGUGAUGAUGAAUCUGAGAGAUCCCACAUGAUUUUAAAUACAACAGAUGUAAGUGAUAUAAACUUAAGAGAUUGUGAAGAUGAACCAUGUUCUUCAAAUGAUUCUAUGAUAUCUGGUGAUACAGAGGAGCAAGCAGAGAGAAGAACAAACAAAAGGAAAAGUUCAACAUAUGAUGAUAACAAGGCUGCAAAACUUCAGAAAGUUCCAACUGAACCUGAGGCAGAAAAAGGGAAAAGUUCAACAUAUGAUGAUAACAAGGCUGCAAAACUUCAGAAAGUUCCAACUGAACCUGAGGCAGAAAAAGGGAAAAGUUCAACAUAUGAUGAUAACAAGGCUGCAAAACUUCAGAAAGUUCCAACUGAACCUGAGGCAGAAAAAGGAACAAAAAGAAAAUAUAAAUUAUGGACUGAAGAGAAUACUAAAGUAGUGGAUGUUUAUUUUAAGAGAUACAUUACAGAUACAUCUAGCUUGGACAACAAAGGGUCAUUGCCAGGAUCAAAAGAUGUAAGAGAGUUUCUUCAGAAGCAUCCAAUCCUUCAAGAUAUUGAAAUUAAAAAAAGGAUAACAGCCAUCAAGACAAAAAUCUUCAAUGAUAGAAAAGUUUACAGAGAAAAAAUUUCAAAGAAACUUAAGAAAACCCUCCAAAGUAUGUGAGCAUUCUGAAUAUCAUGCAUUCCAUAUAAUAGAUUGACUUGUAAUAGGCCUCUUAAUCUGUAAUCAUCCUCAUCUCUCCACCAACAGCCAGUAUCAUGUAAACUGAAUCUGCGUCAUCAUCUCUCCACCAACAGCCAGUCUUAUGUAAA